GUCACCAGUGCCAUCCUCCUCACACACAAAAGCAGUGCAAUUAGCUGAUUUAAGGGAGCCGAGGCUUAGCAAGCUGCAAGCGGAAAAUAAUAAUAAAAUACCUUGGAGCAGAGGGAGGCAGCAGAGGAAGAAGUAGCCAUGGAAGAAUACAAAUAACUGCCCUCAAUUCUCCCCCUCCCACCCUUGCCCAACAAAAUCCAAAUCACAAAGCCAGGACCGCUUGAGGAAGGCCGACCUAGAUGCAUCCUCACACUCCUGCGCUGAGAGAGACGCACACGUCUGUGUCCAGAUCCAGGCGCUGGACCUCCUGAGCAGCCCGUCUCCAUCGGGAGGAAUGCCCGGCUGGGAUACAGACAGCAUCUUCUUUGUUCCUCGUUAGCCACAAGCAUCAGCUGAGCCCUUCCUGGAGGGGACUGCUCUGCAGCCAGACCCUCUCCGAGCACAAUGGGAACCACAGAAGCCACUUUGCGGAUGGAAAACAUGGAUGUGAAGGAAGAGUGGCAAGAUGAAGACUUCCCCAGACCUCUCCCAGAAGAGACAGGGAUGGAGUCACUGGGCAGCCCUACAGAAGACGAGAAUACAUCCUCUCCUCCAAAUACUUUAAACUUUAAUGGGGCGCAUCGUAAGCGGAAGACACUUGUUGCACCUGAAAUCAACAUUUCCCUGGAUCAGAGCGAAGGCUCCAUUCUCUCCGAUGACUUCCUGGACACACCAGAUGACCUGGACAUUAAUGUGGACGAUAUAGAAACUCCUGAUGAGACAGAUUCCCUCGAAUUCUUGGGGAAUGGGAACGAACUGGAAUGGGAAGAUGACACUCCCGUAGCCACAGCCAAGAACAUGCCUGGGGACAGCGCAGACCUCUUUGGGGAUGGUGGGACAGAAGAUGGGAGUGCUACUAACGGGCGGCUCUGGAGGACUGUCAUAAUUGGAGAGCAGGAGCACCGCAUCGACCUCCAGAUGAUCAAACCCUACAUGAGAGUGGUGACACACGGAGGAUACUAUGGAGAAGGUCUCAACGCCAUCAUUGUCUUUGCUGCCUGCUACCUCCCAGACAGUAACCUGGCUGAUUACCACUACAUCAUGGAGAACCUCUUCCUAUACGUGAUCAGCAGUCUGGAGCUGCUGGUGGCCGAGGACUAUAUGAUCGUGUACCUAAAUGGAGCAACACCCCGGAGGAGGAUGCCAGGCCUUGGCUGGCUGAAGAAGUGCUAUCAGAUGAUAGACAGAAGGCUGCGUAAAAACCUCAAAGCACUGAUAAUCGUGCAUCCUUCAUGGUUUAUCCGGACAGUGCUGGCUAUAUCCCGUCCUUUCAUCAGUGUGAAGUUUAUCAAUAAGAUCCAGUAUGUUCACAGCCUGGAGGAACUGGAGCAACUUAUCCCAAUGGAGCACGUGCAGAUUCCAGACUGUGUCUUACAAUACGAAGAAGAGAGGAUCAAGGCCAGAAAAGAAAGGGCAGAAGAGAAGCAAUAUAUGGCUGAGAAGGAAAGCAGGCCUGUGCCCCCAGCAGAGGAUCAAGAAACCAGUAUGUCAUGAAUAGAAGUAGUGGAAUGAAUGGAGUAGAAGAAGGACACAGCCUGGCAGUCACCCAUGUAAAUGACCUUUUGGUAGAAGACCUUGUCGCCAUCUUAUUCUGAGUUCUGUAAGAUCACAGAGCCUGCCCCCCCAUCUCCAAGAUGCAAAGUCCUUUCAACUUUUUGAAAACAUUUUACUUCCAGAAAAAAAAAAUCAAACAACAACAAAAAACCACAAAACAAGCCAAGAAUAGCACUUUUCAGGACAGGUUCUAGUAUGUUUCAAUGAUGGUCUGUGGAGAGCUAUUAAGUAGCGCAGAUAGAUACCACUUUUCCUCGUAGUAAGUUAAGAGCAUCCUGUAGUCCAUUAGUGACCAGCCCAGAAAGAGAUAUAUUUUUUGUUUAAAUUAUAAACCCUGCCCCUAUCUUGCUGCUGGCCAGCACGGAGACAUUUUGCUUUAAAUUGCACACCCGGUUCCCUCCAUACAGACAUUACAACAGCUGCUGCCCUGGGGAGUAACUAACACAGGCGAUGAAAAGAGUGCAUUUUCAUGCUUUCUAUAGCCAGAAGUUGUUUCUUCCUGAAAAUACCAAGUGCCCACUGGUCUAGGCGCCUCUUCCAGCCUUGACUGCCUCAGUUAAUUCAUUGCCUGUUCCUUUUAUUAACUCACACCGACCCAUUCCUAUGAGUAAAUGCCCUGUUUUUCCCCCAACUUGUUGUGUCUCAGUUUUAAGGCACUCUGAUAACUUUGAAAGAGGGUGUCCCCUAUGGCAUGGCAGCCUCCACAGAACCUUCUUAUGAGUAUCUUCUCAUAUCAACACGCCCACACACACCAAAAAGGUCUGGUUUUAAGAAGGAGCCUUACAGACAGGAAAGCUUUUCACACCUUGUCUUUGUAUUGAUUUCAUGACAGUGGACAAUCACUCACUAGUAAUACCUCCUGUCACGGAGACAAGCUGCUAAAUGUUUGAAAUUUCCUACUUGCUCUUCCUGGGUAACAAGGGCCUUGUCUAUAGUCAUACCUGCCUGGGAAAAACCCCUGUGGAAAAGGCUGUGGACGCGGAGGCAGCAGACUGGAUCUGGGAUCAGCUUCUUAGUCAGCCACGAGACGCAGAUGUGAUACGGAGACUCUGAAAGCUGUAUUUUGGACUCACGGGGAUUCUGUGAGAAAAGGAGGGAAGAAAAAUUAAGAAACAACUAUCUGCCCCCAAAUAAUUUGCAAACUCCUGAUUUCACCAGAGCCACCUGACAUGAACUGUCUUAAUGCACCAGGUAAAACCCCUUGCAGACAACUGCAGAUGAAGAAUUACCUGCGUAUUUCAUCACUUGAGAAAUAUUUCAAACCUGGCAAGCCUAGCCCAUGGCUUUCUGAAAUCACUGCCGCUUCUCUCAGGUCUGCAAUCCCCUGUAGGAGAAUUCCAGCAAAGAAAGAUUUUCCUCAAGAUAGAGAUGUCUCCUCUGUAUAGAUAAAGCCUCGUUUUUUGUUUUUUUUUUUUUUUU